CGACUAAGUGUAAACAUUAUCAAUUUUGCUCGAAGGCUUUGUGAAGCCGGUCUUAUGACUCGCCUAUUGUAACGGUGUGUACUGAGAGUUGGCUGUUUUCAGAUGACUCCCAGACACGUGCUGGGGUUAUGGCCUAUAAAAAGCUAGAUAUCUCCAGCAGUACACUUCAUUUGCAAGCAAACCAGCGUUUCAUGUGCUGCAGCAGAGGAACGAGAAGUCCACGCUCUUCAGACAAUCCAGAAGUGGGACAUUAGUGGAUGUUGAAAUCGUUUUUUAAGAAGCUUCAUCUUGCGUCUUAUGUCCACCGGCUGUUGUGUCGUAAGCCAUUCAGUGUCCAGGUGUUGCAGGUUGGGCUGUUCAGAUCUUUAACACCAGAUAUGAGUAAGUAUCACAGUGAGCUGACCCAGAGGGAGCAGGAGUUACUGAAAAUGCGUCGAGACAGCGACACUAAAGCCGCUCAACUUGUCAAGAUGGAGAAGAUGCUGCAGCAGACCAAGAACCUGAUGGAAAAGAAGCCAGAGCCUGGUUCAGAUAGCAUGGGCUACCAGGAGAACAUGGUGGAGGAUCUGGAGGAAAAAGUGCGCUCCAGCAGACGGUACAGGAGAAACUCCCUCCAUCACACACAGAUGCUGGAGAGCCAGAUGAAAACAGUGAAAGGUGAGUUGGUGGGCACACUGGACCAUCUACAGGAGCUGAGGAACGUCUUGCGUCGCUCACAGCAGAAAGCAGAAGAGCGCAAAGCGGCGAUGGAGAAGCUGGCAGCGGGGCUCAGGUGAACCACCUUUAAACACACCAACCGAAUGUCCGAUCCGACGUCCUGCAUCCUGCCAGAGAAGCUGUGCAGAGAUUACAUCUAACAAGACCGCACCCAUACACUGGUUAAAUGGUAGAAGAAAGAGACUUGAGCUGCUGUGUUGGUCCUCACCUUGUUCUUCUCCGUCUCUGCAGUGAGGCCAUCAUUCGGCAUCACUAAAGACUACAUUUAAAAAGACUACCCAUGGUAUUUCAGAAGCUGCUUCUAACAAAUGAUUAAAAAAAAUAUCAUCUUCUUUUUCCUUCCUUUCCUUCCCCAUUUAUGUGUCAUUGUCUUACUACUCUCAUAUUCUGAGGGCUUCAUGUUGACAUGCUUUGAAUUUGUCAGGGUUUUUUUUUUUGAGCACUGACAAAGUUGUUGUGUCUUCUGGAAACAAUUUGAAGAUUGUUGUCUGAAGAACUGGGGAGAUUUUUUUAUUUUUAUCAGAGGCAAUAAUGACUAGCAUUCAAACUCCAAAAAUAAAUAAAUAAAUAAAAAUACA